UUUACAAACAUACUCUCAUUCUUCAUUACCAAUUCUUGAAGGCAAAUACAUUUUUUAUAAAAUAAAAUAAAAUGGCUUCCACUGCUUGUGCUUCUUCUGCCAUUGCAGCUGUUGCUUUCUCAUCUCCAAGUUCACAAAAGAGUGGAUCAAUAGUUGGAUCAACAAAAGCUUCUUUUGUUGGUGGGAAGAAACUGAGAGUUAGCAAGUUGGGUGCGCCAUCUGGCUCACGUUCGCUUAGCACUGUGUGUGUUGCAGCUGACCCCGACAGACCUAUUUGGUUCCCUGGUAGCACCCCACCAGAAUGGCUCGAUGGCAGCCUGCCCGGAGACUUCGGUUUCGAUCCUCUUGGUCUAGGAUCUGAUCCCGAGACCUUGAAAUGGAACGUACAAGCGGAACUAGUACACUGCAGAUGGGCAAUGUUAGGAGCAGCCGGGAUCUUCAUCCCUGAAUUCCUAACCAAAAUCGGAAUCCUAAACACUCCAUCAUGGUACACUGCUGGUGAACAAGAAUACUUCACCGACAAAACCACCCUCUUCAUCGUUGAGCUCAUUUUUAUCGGAUGGGCAGAAGGAAGAAGAUGGGCUGACAUCAUCAAGCCUGGGUGUGUCAACACUGACCCCAUCUUCCCCAACAACAAGCUAACCGGAACUGAUGUUGGCUACCCAGGUGGGCUAUGGUUUGACCCACUCGGAUGGGGAAACGCUUCACCUGCAAAGCUCAAGGAAUUAAGGACAAAGGAGAUCAAGAAUGGGAGACUAGCUAUGUUGGCUGUCAUGGGUGCAUGGUUCCAAGCCAUCUACACUGGAACCGGACCCAUUGACAACCUGUUUGCUCACCUUGCUGACCCUGGACACGCCACCAUUUUUGCUGCAUUCAAGGGCUAAAUACAUAGCAAAGAAAGAUGAUGAUGGAAGGAGGAUGGACUUUUUAUAAGUGUUUUUGGCAAGUGAUGUUUGUGUAUUAAUUAUUAGGCAAUGUAUCUUAUCUUCACUGUAGAAAAAGUAAUGCAAUGUACAAAAACCUAUUCGAACUCACAAUGUUACCUGCUAAGCUUGUAUGUCA